CGCUGGUUCCGCCCGUUGGCUCCGCGUCGGCGCGGCCGAGCUCAGAGGCGGGCCGCUGGUUCCGCCCAGCCAGUCGGAGCAGGCGGAAGAAGCGGGCGUCGAUGAGCUCCCCGGCGAGGUCGACCGUAUCGGCGGCGAGCGGAGGCGCCGCCUCCGCCGCGGAAGACGUCGCGGACUCCAUCGACGCGCUCUACCGCAAGGAUGAGGCCGUGGCUGAGCUCAAGUCGGAGGUGAUGGAGGCGCUACAGAGGGAGGUGAGGUCGCUCGACGACGACAGCUGGAUGUUCGCCGCGCCGCGGUCACGCAUCAACCUCGUCUCCAGACCCGGUACUUACCUGCCCAAGCAACAAGGGAAACUCGCGGAACUGGGCCAAGCAUCUAAGAAAACAAGAAAUUUCUAGGGCAUAGGCAUUGGUGGUUGCAACUUGCAAGAAGCCUACUACAUGAUGAUUAAUGAAGGCUGAGAGUCCGCUUAUGUUCUGUAGUAUUGAGGAUGAUUUUGGGUCCAGUUUAAAACCAUCUAGUUGCUUCCUGAUAAUUUAGUUUCAGGCAGUGUUCAUGACUUGUGCCUUUCUUAUCUUUUGCAUACUCAGGUUGCUUUGUUUUUCUCACAUUCA